CUAAAGCUGGAUAUUGAGGGCUCAAUGCCCAACCUAACCUCCACAUCUGACUUCCUACUCUUGGAAUUCUCUGAUAUUCGAGAACUUCAGUUCUUACACUUCUUUGCAUUCCUCACAGUAUACUUGAUAGCAGUGACUGGCAAUCUCCUUAUCAUCCUUGCUAUAGCCCUGGAUCAUCAUCUGCACACCCCCAUGUACUUCUUUCUCAUGAACCUGGCCAUUCUGGAUCUUGGCUCAGUUUCUGUCAUGGUACCCAAAGCCAUGGCCAAUUCUCUCCUGAACAGCAGGUCAAUUUCUUAUUCAGGAUGUGUAGCUCAAGUUUUCUUCCUCUUCUUCCUUGGAGCAUCAGAUGUUGCCAUCUUAACAAUAAUGGCACAAGAUCGGUAUGUGGCUAUCUGCAAUCCAUUGCAAUAUGAGACAAUUAUGCACAGAGGAGCCUGCAUUCACAUGGCAAUCAGUGCAUGGAUGGCUGGUAUACUCAAUGGUAUAUUAAACACAGGAGUAACUUUUGCCAUCACUUUCUGCUCCAACAUGAUAGAUCAGUUCUUCUGUGAAGUACCACAGAUUCUAAAACUCUCCUGUUCUGACAUGUAUCUAGUUGAAGUUGGUAUGCUUAUGUUUAGCUGUUUCCUUGCAGCAGGAUGCUUUGUGUUCAUCAUUGUCACCUAUAUGCAGAUAUUUAGAGCAGUGCUCAGAAUCCCUUCUGUGCAUGGUCAGAAAAAGGCCUUAUCCACUUGCCUUCCCCACCUCUUUGUGGUGUCUUUGUUUAUAUUUAGUGCUGUCUUUGCCUAUGUGAGGCCUCGCCGUUAUUCUUCCUCUGACCUGAAUGUUCUUUUUGCAAUAAUUUAUGCUAUAGUCCCUCCCAUGCUCAAUCCAUUCAUCUAUAGCAUGAGAAACAAAGAAAUCAAGAGUGCAUUGUUGAGGCUCUCUGAUUUGGGGCAUAUGUCUAAAUUAAUUGUAAGCAAAGCUUUUCUACAGAAAGUGAAGGAGUAA